AUGGGAAAGGGGAGAAACAUUCAAGGGAGGGGGUCAGGGGUAGAAGGGAAUUCAAGAAUAGAAAAUGGACAGAAGAUUUGGGCUUAUGAGGUAUUUCCAGCGUUGGCUGCACUACAUUUGGUGGUGCACGAACAUAAUGCCUACAUCCCUCGUAUACUACAUUGGAGGAGCAACACUUUGCCGCGUUUUUAUGAGCUCAUGAGCCAAGUCUUCGAAAACCGUGAGGUUGAUGUGCAACUUAUCCGGCCAUCUGUAAUUGACAAGCAGCAGGCGUAUUGGACUUGGGGUGACAGUGUUGACAACACUGAAGAACUUGUUGAGUUGGUUGGCGAUGACGCUGAACAAAAAACCAGCACGUCUGCCUCUGUAGAAGAAAAAGAUGAGGACAUUGAAGAAACUGCUAGCCUUCCGUCGUCUUCUAAGGCAAGCAUUACCUAUUUUCCAAUAUUCCAAUAUAUAUGUCAUAAUACAAUAGGAAAUGAACUGCUGGUAAAAUGGCGUCCACUGAGUUACGCACUUUGA